AUGGUGAUUUCUUUGCCACUAGCACUGAAAUCUGAAGAUUCUGCAAAUCUUAUUCAACAAAACUGGUGGAAGCUUUUAGAUUCUGCUGAACUAAAGCGAAGCUCUAUAUCUUUCUUUGAUGUUGAGAACCAUGAAACUGCCAUUUCGCGUUGGUCUAGAGCUAGAACAAGAGCCGCUAAGGUUGGUAAAGGUUUAUCGAAAGAUUUCAAAGCUAGGAAACUUGCUUUGCUGCAUUGGCUUGAAGCGAUCGAUCCAAGGCAUCGGUAUGGACAUAAUCUACACUUUUAUUAUGAUAAAUGGCUCAAGAGUCAGAGCAUGGAACCCUUUUUCUAUUGGCUAGAUAUUGGAGAAGGAAAGGAAGUAAAUCUUGGCAAGUGUUCUCGAGCUAAACUUCAACAACAGUGUGUUAAAUAUCUUGGUCCUAUGGAAAGAUUGUCUUAUGAAGUUGUUGUGGAAGAUGGAAAGUUGUUGUACAAAGAAUCAGGAGAGUUCCUUCACACUAUAAAAGAAGGCUCACGUUGCAAGUGGAUUUUCGUCCUUAGCACAUCGAAGAAGUUAUAUGUUGGUAAAAAGAAGAAAGGCUCAUUUCAGCAUUCUAGCUUUUUGGCUGGUGGAGCCACAUCUUGUGCUGGAAGACUGGUUGUUGAACAUGACAAAAUACUUUAG